AUGGAGCGCGGCCCGGCCGCGCCGCCUGCGGAGUGCGCCGCCCCAGCCAGCCUGGAGGGCGCGGGGGCCGCGCCGCUGGAGCGGCAAGGCGAGGCACUGGUCGGCCUGGACGAGGUGCGGCGGGCGCUGCGCGAGGAGUUGCUGGCCGCGCUCGGCCAGAUCCGCCUGCUCGUGCGCGAGCAGGCGAGACGCGGACGGGGAGGCGCCGGCGGUGAUCCCGCGGCCGUCCCCGAGGGGGCCGCCGCGGGCGCGGGCGCGCCGGGCGCUGCCGGGGCGGCCGCCGGAGCGGAGCCGCCAGCGCUGCAGGCCGCGCUGCGGGAGGUGAUCGCCGCUGGGCUCGUGGGCGUCCGGCAGGCCGUCGCGGAGGAGCUGGGCGCCGAGGACUGCGCGGACGCGGAGCCGCGCUGCCCCCAGGGCCACCCGCUGCGGGCGGCCCGGGCGCCCAACGACACCUACGUCUGCGACAGGUGCAAGGCUGCGGUGCCGAAGGGCACGGUGCUGUGGGGCUGCCGCCGCUGCAACUACGACGAGUGCCUGGCAUGUUGCGGGCGGGAGUCGGACUUCCCGCCUGCGGACAAGGCGUCCGAGGCCGGCGGCGACACCGAGAGCCGCAGCUCCUCGAGCGGCGACUCUUGGGGCGACGCCGACGACGACGAGCUGCCGGCCGAGUCGAAGCGGAAGCUCAUCAUCUGCGUCCGCGGCGACAUCGGGAUGAGCAUCGGCAAGACGGCCGCGCAGGUGGGCCAUGCGGUGCACAGCGCCGUGCGCCACUCGGCUUGGAGGGACCUGCAGGCCUGGGAGGCCUGCGGCUCCAAGAAGGUGACGCUCAGAGUCGACUCACAGGAGCAGCUCUUGGAGAUCAGGCGCGCGGCCCGCGGCGCGGGCCUGAUCGCCGAGAGCAUCCGCGACGCCGGGCACACCGAGCUGGAGCCGGGCACCAUGACAGUGCUGGCGGUCGGCCCAGCGCAAGACGCGCAGAUCGACGCGCUGACGGGGCACCUGCGGCCGCUGCCCGACGCGCUGCGGCGCGAGAACGAGAAGCUGAGG